CCAGCCCCUUUGUUCAGUCUAGCCGGUGGGUUGAGUCAGAGGGAGGCUGUGCUAACCCAACAAUUCCGUACCACUGUGGGAACACCGACAGCAGCGAAAAGAGGCCGGAAAAAUAGCUAAGGUUAUCCGGGAGUACAUACCAAGACUGUUUAACCAGAGUCAGACAACAGGAAAGUUGCUUUUGACUGUUGCUGAUGCUGCGUUUCGUUUCGGAAACCACCAGGACCUGCGUGCCAGUGUCCGGCUACUAAAACAAAACAGCGAUACGUCUCGACAAUCUUCGCUAUUUGGUAGCUUCCUUGGCUAUCAUCCUGAAAAAAUGAACCGGGCAGGCUAGCUGCUAAGCCAUCACCGGUGUAUUGCUGAGACUGUGCAGUUGUUGCCAUCAUCCGCUGAUCCACGCUGACUCUCCCUUUCAGUUUCUGCUCAGCAUCCAUAUUUGCAUCCCAGGGAGUGGCAACCACUAAUCCCCCUUUUCCUGGCAAGAAAGCUGAAAGUUGGCCGGUUGUCGGACACCUCUCAGACGCUCUAAUAUCACAUAGAAAGCUAAACAUGGAGAGCGACAGCCACCACUCCCACAUCUAGUGCUGGUCCACAAGCCUUCAUCACCCAGGGAGGAGCUCUCAGAUCCUGGCCGUGUCCCUGCUACUGUAGAAUGAAUAUGCUCAAGUCCAGUGGACUGAAAAUCCCUGGCCGGGGGCCCAAGCAUUCCAGCCCAGUGGGAAGGACCUCAGCGGGUGGAACUUCUAGCCCCGUUGUCCCGAAAGACAAUUGUCCACUCAAGCCCACCACACCAACUAAAAUCUCUGAAGAGGGCGAUGAUGUUUUGGGAGAUUACACAGUGGGUGAACAGGUCUGGGUCAAUGGGGUCAAACUAGGAGUUAUCGCCUACCUAGGGGAGACCCAGUUUGCCCCUGGACAAUGGGCAGGCGUGAUACUGAAUGACCUAGUUGGCAAAAACGAUGGUUCAGUGGGUGGAGUGCGCUACUUUGAGUGCCAGCCCCUCCAGGGUAUCUUCACGCGACCCUCGAAGCUCACCCGACAGCCGGUUGGAGAGGGAAGUGACAGCCACUCCACUGACUCACUCUGUGCCCAGAAUCAGACUCAGCAGGGUGGCAGUGGCGCCCCUCCUGGCCAGCGGGUGGUAGUGCCACUCAGAGAGGGCCUCCUCAACAGCGCAGUGAAAACGGGCAACGAGUCGGGGUCCAACAUGUCUGACAGCGGUUCGGUUAAGAAAGGUGGGGAUAAGGAUCUUCGAGUUGGAGAUCGAGUUUUGGUGGGAGGCUCUAAGAUGGGAGUCAUACGCUACAUGGGCGAGACAGACUUCGCCAAGGGUGAAUGGUGUGGGGUCGAGCUGGAUGAGCCCCUGGGGAAGAACGACGGUGCAGUAGCUGGUACAAGAUACUUCCAGUGUCUUCCUAAGUUUGGUUUGUUUGCUCCGAUCCACAAGGUGAUCCGCAUCGGCUUCCCCUCCACCAGCCCGGCCAAAGCUAAGAAGAGCAAGCGGAUGGCCAUGGGGGUUUCCUCUCUGGCCCACAGCCCCAGCAGCUCCUCCAUCAGUUCAGUCAGCUCGGUGGCCUCCUCUGUGGGUGGACGACCGAGCCGAACUGGACUGCUGACCGAGACAUCGUCGCGCUACGCCCGUAAGAUCUCGGGCACCACCGCGCUCCAGGAAGCCCUGAAGGAGAAGCAGCAGCACAUCGAGCAGCUGCUGGCUGAGAGGGACAUGGAGCGGGCUGAGAUGGCCAAGGCCACCAGCCACAUCUGUGAGGUGGAGAAGGAGCUGAGCGUCUUGAAGUCACAGCACGUGCAGUAUGUAACGGAGAAUGAAAGUACCCUCCAGCAGGUUAAAGCCAUGUUGGCCAGCGCACAGAAAGAUAAACUGGAAUUGUCCAAUCAGCUUGAAGAAGAGAAAAGGAAGGUGGAGGACCUCCAAUUCAGAGUAGAGGAGGAAUGCAUCACCAAAGGAGACCUGGAGGGAAGAUGCACUCAUGAUGCAGUAUCCUUGAGGUUGGGUAAGAGAACCAAGCAAACCACAGUUGAAGAGCAGAGUCGUAUCAUGCAGUUGGAGGAGGAGCUCCACCUCAGGAGAGCUGAGGUUGAGAACCUCCAGGCUCAACUCAGAGGAUCUGACCCAAGCUUGCCGCGAGUCAACAACAGCGAGGCUGCUCCCGGGUCCGAGACCCAGCCGGAGACCCUCCUCCUGCAUGAGCGGCUGGUGUCGGUGAGCCGCGAGCACUACAAGGAGAGCAGCGAGCUUAAAGAGAAGUACGAUACGGCAUUAGCAGCAAGCCAGCGGGAGAUAGAGUCGCUGAAGGCCAUGGUGGAAAGUAAGAACCAGGACAUCAGUGAGAUGAAGCAGAAAGUUCAACAGGCCACCAAGGAAAAUAUGGAAAUGAUGGACACCUGGAAGGCAAAAUAUGACACUUUAGUGAGCGACCACCAGCGUUCCUUGGAGGAACUGAAGGCCACAUUGAGUAGUGAUCAUUCUACGCCAGCAGGCCAAGAGCAGGACGCCCAGGAGCUGAGAGCCACUCUGGAGGGCCUUAAGAUGGAGCACCAGCUGGAGAUGGAGAAUCUCAAGGCCAAACAUAAGAUUGAAGCUGCCAUUCUGACCAAGGAACGUGAAGACCUCUGCGCUCGUCUUCAGGAGGCCAAAGAUCAGCUGGCUGGGGGCAACCAGACAUGGAGGACUGAGGUAGAGGCCAAAAGCAGCAAGCAGGCCCUGGAGGAGGCUACUGAGAAACAACAGAAGGCAGAGCAGAGGCUGGCGGAGAUGGAGAAGUUACAAGUGGAGCAGGACAAAAGCACAGGGGAGCUGCGAGAGAGGCUGGAGCUGUCAGAGAAGAAGAUGAUGGACUACCAGGCUCUGCAGAAGGCUCAGGCAGAGAGCCGAGAGGAGAUCCAGAAACUGGAGGAGAAGCUGAGGGUGACUGCGAACCAGCUCCAGGCCAUCCAGACAGACCGCUACACAUCCCAUGAUGCAAAUGUGAUAGAGGAUAAUGAAAUUUCAGAUGAGAAGAUGAAGCUAAAACAGAAUAUCGAAGAAACAAUGGAGAAGUUGAUGAAAAGGGAAAAGGAGGUCUCAACUCUCACUUCCCAGGUUGAAGCCCUCAAAUCCCAGAUUGGAGCACUGGAGGGAAAAGUUCGCUCAGGGGAGAAGAAAGUCGAAGCCCUGGCCAAGGAGAAGAUGUGUGUGGAGGCAGAGCUUGAGUCCAUGACAAAGAAGUCCCACGAUGCCUCUGGGCAGCUGGUCAACAUCAGCCAGGAGCUGCUGAGGAAAGAGAGGAGUCUGAAUGAACUGAGGGUGUUACUCCUGGGAGCACAUCGCCAUUCACGGGACAUGGAGAAGGACCUGCACAAGGCCGAGUGGAAAGUCAAGGAGCAGAAACUUCAGGAUGACAUCAAGACCCUGCGUGAAAAAUUGCUUCUAUUGGGUCAGGAACGGUCUUCACCUGAUCACAGGCGGUACUCCAUGCUGGACCCCUCGGCCGUGGACUCUGAGGUGAGCCGCCUCCGUCAGCGGCUGCUGAGCACUGAGGACGCCCUGAGGAACGCCUUGGAACACAACCAGCAAGUCGACCAGCUGGUCCAGGCCAUGCGCAGGCAUCCAGAUAAAAGCCCGGUGCAUGGUGCAAAUUCAGCCAAUGGAAUUCAUCAUCAGGAGUCAGACAGUCCUCGAGAUGUUGGAACAACACUGAUAUGAGCAGAAGAGAUGAGACUGAACUGGGUACAUCUUAAAGAAAAGCUCCUCCGACGUUUCUCCUGAUCCUGCGAUGGACGUCCGAAGAACAUUUCAGUUUACAGUUAAUACCAAAACAGCAAAUCUCUAUCUCGAGUGAAUUUAUGUGUUGUUGCAGAAAGCACCUAUUAGCCAAUCAUGAAGAAGUACUAUAAAAUAUAAACAGGAAACGGGACAUGGACAUGAGAUAUUAUCGGUACAACUCCUGAGUACAUUACAGUAUGGCAACUUUUGAUGCUUUACAGUAGUUAGAAAUUUUGAAUCUACAAGUUGCCUGGAACUCUGUGACAAUUCAGAAUUUCGAUCCGGAAGACAAAACGGCUGAUGGACAACGAUGAGAAGAAAGAAGUACUGGGUGUCGGUCACUUUGUUUGUUUUAUUUAUUACUUUUACUUCCUCAGCUUUGUAAUAAUCCUCUUGGGUGAGCCGUCUUGGCCAGUGAUAGUCAGAGCAUCUCUGCAAGGAUGACACCGAUUAUGUUUUAGUGGGUUUGGCUCAUUUGUCACCAUACUUAAUACCUGAUGAGAGAAUUGGUAGCAAAGUCAUUACAGUUACCUCUGUCCAGUGUGCCUCCGGCUUUAGUGUACAAUAAGAUAUGUAAUUGUAGGUGACCGUUAUUUGGACUCCACCCUUCUUGGCUGUGAUUAGGUUUAAUCCAUUUGUGUUAUAAUGGAUUCCAAUGGUGGCUGUUUUUUUUGUUGUAAAAAGGUUUAAAGACUCCACAAAAACUCCCACAACAUAAUCCACUUCUUCGAUUUUCAUCAAUGUGCUGAGUCGCAAUUUUUAUUCACCAAGAUACAGCAAAAUACUCUGUGUCUCAAUUCUCACAGAAAACACACUUUUGAGACUGUAAAAGACAGAUCUGAAGUGGUCCGAUUAGUUUUUUGUGUUUAUUGACUGAAAAUUGAUGUCUUUAUCAUUUAUGAAGUCAGUUUCAAAAAGUGUGCAAGACCCUGUGCUGUCUGGUUAACAUCAAGAGCAAGUUACAGUACUCUAUAAGUAUCCUGAAUACAUUUUAUACUCUCUGAAAUCCAUAUCAGGAAUAAAUUAGAAUCUUUAAGUAAGCAAUCAAGCACAACACAAAGCAGAGUGUUCUAAGCAGCACAGCCUAGACCUGCUCUAAAUUAAAAGUGCCCUGAGAUAACUCCUGUUAUGAUUUGGUGCUAUAUAAAUAAAAUUUAAUUGGACCUCCCUGCCAUCCUUUGAGUGCAUUACCACACUUGUUAAACUGUUGAACUAUGUUUGAGGUGUUCGAACACAGCAAAUUGCACAAACAAUUAUUUCUGUGCCAGUGACAUAACAUGAAUCGCCCAUGAUGCCACUAUGUGUUCUAAAUUAUCAACGAGGAGAGAGUUUUAUUUGUUACAGGGCUGACAGGGAUGAAUUCAACCAACCAAUUCUCUCUUCAGUUAUUGGGUAAGGCGAGUUUCCUAUAAAGUAGUCCUUUUUAGCCAUCGCACAUCAGGGGGCUCCCUGGCUUAAUGAGUUAAUGAACCUGGGAGGUUCUGCUGAAUUCAGCUCUAAGUUAUGUUACUGUAUGUUUAUAGACUGAAUAUAGUGAAUUAUUCCAGACUUUUGCGUUCUCUUAAACUCAGUCUGACCCUGUACCAAUACACCUCUUAUCCUAUCAGUAAUGAUCAGCUAUUUCAUUUAAUCAGUAAUGAUCAGCUAUUUCAUUUACAGUGGACUAUGUAUCAGUACAGACUCUAUCCAUGCACUAGUAUUAAUUAAUUAUAUAUGGUACAUGAUCGCAGCCCUAUUUGAUGCUCAUUUGAGCCCAUUUUGAUGCUGUAUCAAAAUGUCCCUGGAUUACUUUGCUGACCUUUUGUUAAGUAGGGGCUACUGAAGGGUAGUCACAGCAGCUAAAACCCAAACAAUGGAUGUAAGAUGUUACACUCAAUCUUCCCCAGGUUGACAACAUCUGGAUUUCAUUUGCAAAAAUGUGAUCAAUUUGAAUAGAAAUUAUACUUUAAGUCUUCCAAGUAUUGUUUUAUCCAUCUGUCAACUAAACAAGGAGAUCCUGUUUGUAGUUGGUCAUAGGUUGAUUUGCUUUGCAGGAGACAUUACACAGAGGUGAGUGGUAUGGAAAGCUUGGAAGAUUGUCUCCUAAGCAAAAAACAUGCAGGGCAGGUGCUGGUCAGCUAAGAUAAAAUCUAAAUUUUCCAUUGGAUAUUGUAUAUGGCCUUUUCAGCUCGAGGGUUCAUACCCUUUGGAUUAUUGCUGCAAUGGUUUCAGAGAUUGAGUCAUUAAAUAUUAACAAUGUG